CCGAAGUUCUCAGUAAAUUGUUGGAAACUUAACUAAAAUGUCAGCAACUGAAGAAGGUGCCAUCGGUGGCGAUGUUAAUAACAACAAUGACGCGAUAAUGGAACUGAAUAAUGAAAAUGGAGUGUUGGAGCAACCAACGGAGCUGCAGCCACAAAAUGAGCUGCUCGAUAUGGUUUUCACGCUGGAGAGUGAAAAACAAGCGCUGGUAGAGGAAUCGCGUAAACGAAUUGGAGCGCUACGAAAAGAUUUUGAGAAUGUUAGCACUGAAAAUGAACGACUGAAACGACGGGUGACGCAGCUGGAGCAAUCCCUAAAGCAAUCUGUUAUGCUGGGCGGCACGGAGGCGCCGAAGUCACGGCAGGAGCAGGAAGAACUGCUACUUAAAGCCAAAACCUUGCUCUUUGAGAAGACAAAAGUGAACAAGCAGCAGGAACAAACGAUUGCAAUGCUCAAGCACCAGGUUGAUACCAUAAAAGAUGUGCUACAGGUAACGAAAGACAUGCUAGCUCUGAAGACCACCGAAUGCGAGCACACAGAGGCACGUCUGGGGAAAUCACAGUUAUGGAUCAAAGCUGAACAGGAAAAGAGCGCACUAACAGAGAAAAAGCUAGCCAUUUCAAAGGCUGUGUACGACAAGUUACGCGCCGAGUACGACACACAGUCUAGAAUAUUUAAGGAUUUAAAGGCGACCUACGAGCAAAAGGUGAACGUUUUAAGCCACGCAUUAGAUCAGGCCAAAAAAUAGUUAAACAAUUUAAUGAACUAUGUUAAUUAAAUGCAAAAAUAUUGUUUAAAGUUCAA